GGAAUCUAACAACGUACAGCAGGACUGGCGAAUUAAUUGCAAACCGACCGAUGUGAGCUUUGAUCGGCGAUUCAGUUAUGCUUUUGCCAACCGCCGCCGAACCGCCGCGCCGAAUUCAGCCGAUUUCGCUGUCCCGGUUUUGCCGCUAAUCCUCCGGGAAAAUUCGCCGCUAAUUCGGGAGCGCGCGACGCGCCGGACCACCGGACCCAGUGUGGAUGUGUACCAUGGUGUCACUGUGCGAACGCCGCCGCCGCCGAUUUUUUUACUAGUUGGUUGUAGUCGUUGAUAGUCGAUAAUAGAGGGUGUGUCUCCCUUGGAGAAAUGCUGACCUAAAUAUUGCCGAUAGCAAGGUAAUGCGAUUGAGACAUCAGCCACCCUUCAACCGUACAUCUAGGAUCGUAGGCCCGACUGAAAUGUACCACUGGGGGCCAAAUAUGGAGGGGGGCUUGGACGCAGCGCUCGCCGCCACGCCGCCAUGGCGCUGCUGAUGCGACGUCUAUUCGUAGACGCUCAGGCAAAGCUUCGCAGAAUGGUAGAGGAACACUCUGCCAACUUAACCGCUCGGAUAGACUCCGACUACCCUAGUUCUAUUCCUCCUCCCGUCUCCAACUCCGCUUGUCCCUCCCAAGACUUGAAACUGACCGACUCCUCUUCCGGCUCCCCCAUCGGUCAGGUCUCUGACGUAAACUUCGUGAAACCUCUGCUUGGCGCCGAAGAAAAAGAAACCGCCGCUUGUGAUUUAGAUGUUAAGUGUAUAACGGAACUGAAAAAAGACGUUUACAAAUCGUCCCGGCCGAGUUCCAUAGAGUCCCGUCGGAGCAAAUCCCUAUGUAACACUAGCUCGGUAGAGUCCAGCGACGACGUCAAAGGCAAAAAGGACGUCAAAAAGACCAAAUCCAACCCGGUGAAAUGUGAGGGGCCAACAACCAGCGAAACAACGAACGAUAAGAAGGAUACCAUGACGGUGGAGGAGAGCGCCAGCCCGGCCAAGGACCGCUCCUCACCCGAGACCCAGGGCGCGGAUCGCCAGGAGUCGCCCAAGCCCGGGUGCAGCACCCAGCCGGAAAUCGACUCGUCUUCUCCGCGCUCCCCCAGGAGCUCCGACGGGACCCGCGACGAGGCCAGCAUGCUGCUGCCGUCGCCCUCCAGCUACCCGAAGGCGGCGUCGGCCAUCCGGAGGCUGCGUCUGGAGAACGAGCGCCUCCAGGCGGAGGUGACGCGGCUGCGGCGGCUGGUGGUGUCGGGGGCGUCUUCCGUUCUAGCCGAGAAGAAAACUCCCACGGAGGGCAACGGGGACAGCAAGGCGAAUGUGCUCGAAAUGGAGCUGCAGCUAGCCAAGGAGGCGCUAAUCACUCUUAAAUCCGACAGGCGACGAUUGAAGGCGGAGAAAUUCGAUCUGCUGGGGCAGAUGAAGCAGCUUUACGCCACGCUGGAGGACAAGGAGAAGGAACUGAGGGACUUUAUCCGGAACUACGAACAACGGGUUAGGGAGAACGAAACUUCCCUCCAGCAACUUUCCACGGAACGCGAGGAACGCGAACGGGAGCGCUGGAGUUUAUUGCGGCACGCUCGAGAUGAAGCCGAACGCAGUUUAUCUUUGGCGGCCCAACUUAACGCCAAAGAGUUACAGCUCCAGCAGGCGCAGGAACAGUUGCAAGAUGCGAGACGACAGCUGGCUUCGAGUGGAUGUCUGUCGGACCAGGAAUCUUUGGCCUCGUUGCCGCGCCACAGCAUCAACGGGGGAGCUCUGACUCCGGGCUCCGGGGGGCUGCUGUCGGGCCACCACGGGCUGGGGCUGCUUCCGGGGGAUAGAGGUAGUUGCAGCGCGGACUCCGGAGUCCGGGUCAGCUCGGACCGGGAGAGUGGGGCUACUUCAGUGGCCGGGAACUUGUCGGACUCCACCACGGACGGGACUCCGACCAUCACCGUGGAGGGGAGCAACGCGGAGGUGGACACGGUGUCGAUCGUGUCUUCGGUGCCGCCGCCGCACAUGUACCAAACAGUAUCAACUAAAGACUGCAGCCCUACUUUAUCGCCUCUUAACGCUAACACCUUCUCCAGAUCAAUAGAUGCUGGAGCUUUAUCUCGUACAACUAAUUCCAGAUCUGUGGAGCAAUUAAGUUCGCCAUUAGAUCCCGAGCCGCUGCCGGUGGGGAGGCGGCUGAAGCACCCCCACGGGCGCCCGGGAGGCGGGCGCGGGGGCACCUGGGGGAGCAUCUCCAGGGUGUUUGCCAGGUCGAGGCAUCGCAACAAGACCAACUCGCUACAAGAAAACUGCGAGCACAACUUCGAGUCCUACCGCAGCUGGUCCCCUCUGACCGAAGAGGGCUACGCCGAGAAGCUGCGCCUCCUCCGCGAGGCCGCCUCCGUGCCCAUGGAGCGCUGGAGGGCGCCCACCGUUCUCGCCUGGCUCGAAGUGGCCCUCGGUAUGCCCCAGUACGGCGCCCGCUGCGCCGAGAACAUCAAAAGCGGCAAGAUUGGUCCUUUGCAUGGUCAGGUGCUCUUAGAGCUGAGUGAUUUGGAGUUGGAAUGUGGCUUGGGUAUUACGCACCCGAUGCACAGGAAAAAGCUGCGUCUGGCCAUCGAGGAGCACCGCCAGCCGGCCCUGGUCAGGUACCCGUGCAUUGCUCAACUGGGCCACACUUGGGUCGCCAGCGAGUGGCUGCCCGACCUGGGACUGUCACAAUACUCGGAGAGCUUCACCGCCAACAUGGUGGACGCCAGGAUGCUGGAGCACCUCAGCAAGAAGGAGCUGGAGAAGUACCUGGGGGUGACGCGGAAGUUCCACCAGGCGUCGAUCGUCCACGGGAUCCAUUUGCUGCGCAUCAUGAAGUACGACCGACAGGCACUGGCCGUUCGCCGCCACCAGUGCGAGAACAUAGAUGCAGAUCCCCUGGUCUGGACUAAUCAAAGAUUUAUACGUUGGGCCCGAAGUAUUGAUCUGACGGAAUACGCCGAUAACCUAAAGGACAGCGGCGUGCACGGGGGACUAGUGGUUCUAGAACCGUCAUUUAACGGUGACACAAUGGCGACGGCCCUGGGGAUCCCCGCUAGUAAAAAUAUAAUAAGACGUCAUUUAAACGCAGAGCUAGAAGCGUUGGUUUUGCCAGCAAGAUCCACACUAGAGCACUAUGUUCGAGUCAGAGCGAAAUCGCGCGUUCUGGGAGGGUCCCUCGGACGCUCCUUUUCCCGAUCCUGUGCAGGACUUGUAGGACCUCCGCCCGUCGCUCGCGACCAAAUGAGCGCGGAGUCUCGCAGAGCCAGCCUCAGGAACGAUUACAGAAACAGGGGCUCCUUGAGUCGCGCUUUGGGCUUGACCAAAAGCAAGUCGGAGAGGGAAAGGGACAAGCAGUCGCCCACUUCUAGCUCGGAGAGCUCUUCGGUCGUCAGCCGCGUGAGUCCGCCCCUGCACUAUUUCAGAUCGACGAGGUCCGGGGGAGAGUCGCCCAUCUACGCCACGCCUUUCGCCAACCACCACGCUUACAACAGGAGGUCGGAGGAGUACGACUCCUACUCGAACAGGAGGUCCAUUGACGAGUACGAGAUCACGAAGAGCGCGCAGAGUAUGAGCUCGGAGACGGUCUCGAAGGGCAAGAUCUUCAGCAACUUCAUGGGGGGGAGUUUGCAUCGCAAGAAGAAGCAGCACAGGCGCGUGAGGAGCAUCGGGGACAUCGAUGUCAUCCACGUCGCGCCGGUUUGAUUAGGUUUUGCUCAAGUUUUGGAUUAUGUAGCACUUAUUGUUUUCACGUCUUGUACAUUUGUGAGGAUUUUACUUAAGCCAAAGAUAACCAAAUAUACUGUAUGUAUUUAGAACAAAUGUAAGAUAGCCAACCUAGGGAUAAUUAAGACGGAAGCCGAAAGGUGUAUGUUUAUAACCUGAAGAACGACCAGAAUGAGCGGGACGCAUCUAUAUAAGAUUAUUAUUGUAUAAAUUGAAGCUGAAAGUGAUAUUUUGCUGUUCAGAUUUUCGAUUAUUGCGUUGCUGUUAAGAUAGCAUAGCCAUAACACACCACCACUGAGUCAGAACUACUGACCAAACAAUAAUUUUCACUCUUACGUUACUAGGAAAAGGUGCAUAACACUUACUAAACCAAGACUUUUGAAUUAGGGAUAAAUGAAUGUGUUAUAUAUAAUUUUUUAACUAUAUUGUUACCAUGUACGCUGUUCGUGAUUUUCGUGUAUUUCGUUAUGGUCAAGUAUUGUGUGUAUAGUGUUUGUUUAUUUAAUAU